AUGCCUAGACCAUCGUUACCUCGUCACAUACUUCUUCGUCGCUCGGCGAGAUCUUUACCUCUUCAACCUCCUCGAACCAUCCCAUUUCGAUCGAUAACCACCACCACCUCUUCAUCAUCUCCUUCUCCAUCUUAUCCUCGUCAAAACACUCCCUCUACCUCAACCUCAUCAUUCAGCACCAUCAACGCCUCAGAAAUCUCGCACUUCUCCUCCCUUUCUUCGCAAUGGUGGGACGAAACCGGCGAAUUCAAAUUACUACAUCGUAUGAACCCUACGCGUAUAGAAUACAUAAGACAGAAAGUCGCUCUCAGCUCCCCGGAAGGGGAAGAAUGGACAUUCGAAAACAGGCAUUCUGAUUUCGAGCGAGAAUCAAAGAGGGGGACGGGAUUAUGGCUAAAUGGGAAAAGAUGUUUGGAUGUAGGAUGUGGUGGUGGAUUAUUAUCUGAAUCGUUAGCUAGAUUAGGUGGUCAGGUCGUUGGUGUAGAUGCGAGCGAAUCGAAUAUCGGGAUAGCAACUACCCACGCUCAACAGGAUCCAUCUCUAUCGACCAAAAUGCAAAAUGGAGAAUUGAGAUUCGUUCAUUCCUCUGCGGAAGUCUUGAGAGAUGCAGGUGAAAAAUUCGAUGUGGUCUGCGCGAUGGAGGUGUUGGAACAUGUUGAUCAGCCUGGAGAAUUCAUGAAGAGUUUAGGGGAGAUGGUAAAGCCCGGAGGUCAUCUCAUACUCUCAACGAUAUCUCGAACACCCUUAUCUCAACUCUUAACUCUCACAUUGGCAGAAGAUGUCUUGCGACUAGUCACGCCUGGGACACACACUUAUAGGAAAUUCGUCAAACCACAUGAACUGCGUAAGUUCGUGUAUUCAGAUAUGGGUGGAUACGGUACGUGGCAUAGGAAUGAAGAUGCCAGUGAUAUCAGGACGGAAGAAGUAGGCGAGACUAGAGGAAUAGUGUAUGACCCCCUGGCGGGUAAGUGGAAAUUAUGGGGUGGGGUGGAAGGAAGUGCGUGGAAAGAAGUUGGGGAAGGGUGUAAUUAUAUGUAUCAUGCUAGAAAGAGGAUGUAG